AUGUUUAUUCCAGCUGGCUUCUAUGUAUACAUUGAGACCAGUGGCAGAAAGAAUGGUGACAAGGCCCGUCUAACCAGCCCUGGCCUGCAGGUGCUGGGGAACCAGUACAAGUGCCUGUCAUUCUGGUACCACAUGUAUGGUGCCCAUGUCAAUUCCCUGAAUGUGUAUUUCAAAAGCGGGACAACUCUGGGCAAGGCAAUUUGGACCAAGAAAGGCACCCAAGGGAACAAGUGGAUACAGGCUCAGGUGGACAUUUCUGGAACAGUAUCAGGGAGAAACCUACAGGUUGUGUUUGAGGGUGUGAGAGGGACUGGUUACCAAGGAGACAUAUCUAUUGAUGAUGUUACAGUAGUGGAUGGAACUUGUGCAGCCGUCACACCCACUACCCCUCCACCAGGUGUCACUAUAGGGACUGUGACGCCACCUUCACUGGUGUCAUGCAACUUUCAGACUGGGUUGUGUGGUUACACUCAAGAUACCAGUGACCAAUUUGACUGGACCAGGUCUAAUGGAGCCACCUCCUCACAGGGAACUGGACCCUCGGUGGAUCAUACAUAUGGAACACCUAAUGGUUACUAUGUCUUCAUAGAAACAUCUAGUCCGCGUGUUCCAAAUGACAAAGCUCGACUGAUUUCUCCCAUGAUCAGAGGCGCUGGCCGUCAGUGCUUAAAGUUCUGGUACCACAUGUUUGGAGGUGAUGUAGGCACAUUCAAUGUGUACAUGAAGAGUGGCACCAACCUGGGACAACCAGUGUGGAGCAGCAGCUAUGACCAGGAGGAUGUAUGGAAGGUGGCACAGGUCCAGCUUAACCAAAGGUCAUCUUACCAGAUUGUGUUUGAAGGCAUCCGAGAUAAAGGCUACAGAGGUGACAUAGCUCUGGAUGAUAUUAUUACGACACCUGGAAACUGCCCACCAGAAGGUUCUUGCAAUUUUGACAAUGGCAUGUGUACCUACAGCAAUGUUCAGGACGGUAGCGACGACUUUGACUGGGUAAUAAAGAAAAAUAACAGACCAGCGGGAAACCCAAGGACUGACCAUACCACCUCUGCUGCUGCUGGUGGCAUGAUGUACAUCAGUGCCCGCAAACCACGAAACAAUGGCGACCGCGCCAGGGUGAUGAGUCAGCUCUUCAGCCCCACAGGCAGUUCUCCAAAAUGCUUCAAGUUCUGGUGGUACCUCUAUAACACCAACGCUGGCACCCUGCGUGCCAUUGUCAAGUCCAAUGGCACCAGCACCACUGUCUGGGAAAUGGCAGCCAGCAGAUACAAUAGGUGGAGAUAUGGCGCCUUCCCAGUUCAGUCUCAGAGUUCGUAUGUGAUCAUCCUGGAAGGUGUUGUGGGCAGUGGUUCUGGAGACAUUGCUCUAGAUGACACCAGUCUGUCUACCCAAGGUUGUGGUAUCUCACCAGCUGGCGCCAGACCCUCCAGCUUCACCACCACACCUACACCAGCCACUACCACCGUCACUGUGCCGCCAUCUACAGCACCAAACUCAUUCAACUGUUCCUUUGAGUAUGGUCUGUGUGGAUGGAAACAGUUGCAGAAUGAUCAGUUUGACUGGACAAGAGUCAAAGGAUCCACAUCGUCCACUCUGACUGGACCAGCUAAUGACCACACCACUGGAAGUGGGUUUUACAUUUUUGUGGAAACCUCCAAUCCCAGGAAAACAGGAGAUGCAGCACAAAUUGAGAGCCCUACAGUGACACCUGGUGGCCAGUGGAGAAAGUGCUUGCGAUUCUGGUACCACAUGUAUGGAGCACAUGUAGACAAAUUAAAUGUGUACACUAAGAGUGUUUCCUUGUCCAAACCAAUCUGGACCAAGCAAGGGACACAGGGGAAUGCUUGGAAAUUGGCUGAAAUACAACUUGGGAUCACUGCCCAGUACACUGUUGUUAUAGAAGCCCUGAGAGGUCCUGGAUGGCAAGGUGAUAUAGCUAUAGAUGAUGUCACCCUGUCUGAUGGAAGCUGUCAGCCAGGUGGACCUAUCAAGUUCAGCACACCAAACACCUUUGGCUACAGGAAUGUUUUCCUGGAUCUUAGUGGAGUGACCUCGGUGAGUUUUAAGCUGAAGGCGUGCAGUGACGGUCACAUCCAACUACAACCAACAAAGAGCAGUCCCGAGCAGAUGAAUUAUGAAGCUGUCAUUGGGGGAUGGAGCAACACCCAGUCAGUUAUAAGAGACUCCAAAAAUGGCCAUGUUGUUACCACCAAGUCCAAGGAACUUGAGUGUGGAGCACUCAAACCAUUCUGGAUCAGCUGGGAUGGUGGACAUAUCCGUGUUGGUCAAGGCUUGGCCACCGGUCAGGGCAUUUUCCUAGACUAUACAAACCCAACUAAGUUUGUGGUAGGAGGACUGGCUGUCUCCACUGGAUAUGGUGCUGAUGGAUACUGGGAGAUAAAUGACCCCACAGGCUCUGGUACCAAACCCCUGUCCACCUACUGUACCUUUGAGAAUGGCACCUGUGGCUGGACGCAGGACACGACUGGUGACCAGUUUGACUGGAUACUGCUGGGUGGUUCCACAGGGUCUGGAGGCACUGGACCUACCACUGACCACACUUAUGGGACUGGAGCAGGUCGCUAUGUCUACAUAGAGACAUCCAGCCCAAGAAAAGUAAAUGAUUCUGCAAACCUAAUAUCCCCAACAUAUCCAGGACUUAGAGGUGGGAAGAUCUGUCUGACAUUUUGGUAUCACAUGUAUGGUACACAUAUAGGGACACUCAAUGUUAAGCUGAACACAGGCAGCAGCAGCACCACUAUUUGGUCUUUGUCUGGUAACCAAGGCAACCAAUGGAUCAUCAACCAAGUUACAAUAGCACCAACUUACAGCUAUCAGAUUGUAUUCCAAGGUAUACGUGGCACUGGUUACCAAGGUGAUAUUGCUGUUGAUGAUGUCAGCAUCAAAGAUGGAGCUUGCAUAACAGCAGGAGCUUGUACCUUUGAGAAAGAUCUGUGUACUUGGGUGAAUGAUCUUACUGGAGAUGACUUUGACUGGGUAGAAGGGAGUGGAGCUACUGGAAGUACAGGCACAGGACCAUCCACAGAUCACACUCUAGGAACAGCAGCAGGAAAGUACCGCUAUAUCGAAGCAUCUUCACCUCGUAAGCUUGGAGAUGUGGCUCGCCUGAGAAGUGAAGUCUUCACAGCCAACCCACAGCACUGUGUGAAGUUCUGGUAUCACAUGAAUGGCCAGCACAUCGGCACAUUGAAUGUCAUCAGAGUGACCAGGAGUGGACGUAAUUCCACUGUGUGGACACUGUCUGGAGAUCAAGGUGACCAGUGGCUGUAUGGUCAAGCACCUGUGGGCACUUCUUCUGAGUCAUACAGGAUUGUGUUUGAAGCCAUCAGAGGAACAGGGUACCAGGGGGAUAUUGCCAUUGAUGAUGUGGACUUUGCCCAGACUGCAUGUGCAGCGACAUCUGGGUCUACCCAAUCCACUGUACUGACUACAAAGACGACCACAACCACACCCACACCCACCCCCUCUGUAACUCCCACACCAACCACAGCUCCUGGGUCAUUCAAUUGUUCCUUUGAUGUGGACAGUUGUGGGUGGACACAGGACAAGACGGACAAGUUUGACUGGACCAGACAGUCCAGCGGGACAGGGUCAUUUGGUACUGGACCCAGUACAGACCACACAACUUCUGCACCUAUUAAAGUAAAUACACCAGAUGCCUAUACCUACCAGAACAUCUUCCUCGACUUCCGUGGUGUGACCUCAGUGACCUUCAAGGUCAAGGCCUGUAAUGAUGUCCAUGUCAGCUUGUCACCAACCACAAAUAGUCAGGACAGAAAAAAAUAUGAGGUGGUCAUUGGUGGAUGGGGUAAUGGACAAUCUGUUAUACGUGAAAAGGCUCAGGGACAGAAUUUGGUCACCUUGGUCCGUCCUAAGAUGGUGGACUGUAACAUCCUUAAGCCAUUUUGGAUCAGUUGGGAUGGUGGUCAUAUCCGUGUAGGUCAAGGAUUGACUGUUAAUCAGAGCAUGUUUUUGGACUACAAGGAUCCCACACCUUAUGCUGUGAGGUCUAUGGGAGUGGCCACAGGAUUUGGUGCCAAAGGAGAGUGGGAGAUAUAUGAUCCUAGAGUUGGCUUCUACUACUACAUUGAGACCUCCAGUCCAAGAGUUACAGGAGACAUGGCCAGACUGGUCAGUCCCAUGGUCCAGGCCAAUGGAACCAGCUGCUUGACCUUCUGGUACCACAUGUACGGUGCCCAUGUGGACAAGCUCAAUGUGUAUGUGAUGAACAGACCCACCCUGGGGAACCCAGUGUGGACCAGGGCUGGAACCCAGGGGGAUAAGUGGGUGCAGGCUCAGGUGAACAUCAGGGCGCGUGGCAGGUACAAGGUUGUUUUUGAAGGUCUAAGGGGUGCUGGUUACCAAGGUGACAUUGCUGUGGAUGAUGUAACUCUUUUAUCUGGAACUUGCGCUGCUGUGGUCACCCCAACAGUUACAGUGAAAUGUGACUUUGAGAAGGAUGUGUGCAAUUACACUCAGGACAAUACUGACCAGUUUGACUGGACACGGAAGUCUGGAAGCACUUCCAGCUCAAUCACUGGACCUACCAAUGACCACACCUAUGGAACUCCUGCAGGAAGCUACAUGUAUGUGGAGAGCUCUUCCCCUAGGGUCCAGGGGGACAUAGCAAGGCUCAUUACAACCUCUAUGGCUGUGGGCAGCAGUGACAGCUGUAUUCAGUUCUGGUACCACAUGUAUGGUGCAGACACUGGCAGUCUCAGGGUCUACAAGGAUACUACUGCUAAUAAACUGUGGGAACUCUCAGGUGACCAAGGCAACAGCUGGCAGAGAGCAGAGGUUGAUGUUCCAGCUGGUGCUCCCUAUAAGAUCAUCUUUGAAGCAGUGAGAGGAACUGGUUACCGAGGAGAUACCGCUAUUGAUGAUGUGGUUGUCACAACUGGAAAGUGUACUGGAACAUCAG